AUGGGGGACAACACUUCUCGCGCGUCAUUUCUAAGUUUCGUCGCAAAAGUCUUCUUGCCAGCAGGUUAUCCACGUAGUGUUUCACCCGGUGUCUACCAGAUGUUGAAUGCGGCUCAGGCUUUCUGCAGCUCAUUGGCGACUUUGCUAUCAUUAAGAGCAACGCUGGAAGGUGGGGUGACACCUUUCGAAGGCGGACUGCUCAUCACUCUGUCUUCGCUAGGUUACGGAGUCGGAAAUGCAUCUGCAUCGUCUACAAACGCUCUUCUGCUCACAAUCGUACAGAAUAUUUCCAAUCGACUGACAAUCAUUAUAGCAGCCUUCUUCUUUGGAUCUUCUUUAUUCCCUGAAGCCAAAACCUAUCAUUUUCUUGCAGAUAUCCUCAGCGAUGUAACAAUCGUGAUUGACACGCUUUCACCGCUCCUGGCUUCUCUAUACGAAGCACACGUUCCAAAUUUUAUAACAGUAUUGCCAUUCCUCCCUCCUACAGUCCCUUUGCGUGUGUACACGCUCUGCUUCAGUGCCUCAAUACGCGCGCUAUGUAGCGUUACGGCAUCUGGUUCAAAGACAGCAUUUACAAUGCACUUUGCAACUCCUCUAGAAGGCACCGGAGAUGUUGGGGAUCUGAAUGCUAAAAAUUCUAGUAAAGUGACGGUUGUUGCUCUGCUGGGUAUGCUGAUCGGGACUAUGACUAUGCCAUAUCUCACUACUCCGUGGUCAACAUACACAGUCCUCUUCUUCAUGGUGUUCUUUCAUCUCCUCAUUAAUUAUAUUGCUGUUCGUGGCGUCAUCUUUAGAUCUUUGAAUCGGCAACGUGCAUGCUUG